AUGCCUGGCGAAAUAGAAAUAGAACACCAUGAUUCCAAGAUACGGCAUAUGUAUGAGACAGUUCUGGAUCACCGACACGGAUGGAACAAGGCCAUGACAACAAAUCUAAUCUGCAGGAUCAAUUCUGAAGACACCCCUUUGAUAAUACAAAACGCACAUGGCAACAAACAUGCAGAGGAACUAUUGCUAGAUGAACUGAAUCAAAGGGAUAAAUCGUUGUUGACCACAAUAACCAUAUAUACAAAUAAUUCUCCUUGCUCAAACAAGGGUCACGACUGCGCCAGGCAGUUGAUCAAGUUUCUCAAUGAAAACACUCACGUUAUUAUGGUAUUUUAUGUCACAAAUUUGUACAAGAUACGAAGGGUGUCUUGCAAAAGUGAAGAGCAUUAUUCACUUGUUUCCCAAGCCGACUUUAAAGCUAACAAUACUGGGCUAAAAGACAUGAUGAAGCACGGCCGCUGCGUGGUCAGUGCAUUCAGUUACGCUGUCUGGGUUGAGUUGUUAAACAUCGCGCCUGUUUCAGAGGUAUUCAAGUCGCAACUUCUAGCUAGAUACAGAACUAUUUUGGACACGAAUGACAGAAGUCGAGAAGAAGAGGAUAAUCGUAUUAGAUCAGAUUUGGCGUAUAUUAGAUAAAUACCAUUUGUCUUGCAACAGAUUAAUCUCUAUGUUAUACUUUAUAUGCAUAAUUUAUACUUUAUAUCAUCCUUUGAUUUCUUUGCGAGAGGACUUAUUUGGAAAUGUGGAGGACAAAAGACUAUUUUUAUUCUGGAUUAUGUUGAUUGUUAAGGCCUAUAUCUGAUAAAUGAAAGGAGUCUAAAGAUUUCUAAAAUUUUAAUUGAAACAGCUUGGAUAUAUAUUAGGUGAAGUUGAUUAAAAAAAUAACAUAGUUACUACAUGUAGUAAUAGUCGUGAAUAAAUCCGUCAUUUUCAAUAAGCUAUUGAAAGAGAGAGCUGCAAAUCUCGGAUUUAUUUUCUUUUUAAGUGCCCCAUAAGGCAUUUAGAUAAACCAUUUUGUUUUGACCGAACAGUUUCAGUACUGGAAGCAACAGAAAAUUAUAUAUAUCCUUCUAGAGCCAGAAUAUUUUAAUUAAAGUUUUGACAU